CUGUUAUAGGGAUAGUCUGGCUAGUUUCAUUGGUUACACGCGCUCCCUAUUCAAGCUGCUCGCCUACAGCCUUUUCGAUGUUUUGCGCAUGCUUGUCUUACCGGGCUUACUCAGCGGAGGUCUCUUUCAGUUUAAUUAGAGAAAAAGGAGCUAGAUCAUGUCCGCCAUCUACUCUGUGUACUACACGUUUUUAUUUAUAUCUGCUAUUCCAUGAGUUGUCAUUAAUCUGGGGCUGCGAGCAUGGCCAGCUCGUGUGCGGUUCAGGUGAAGCUGGAGCUGGGGCAUCGUGCCCAAGUCCGGAAGAAACCAACGGUGGAGGGUUUCACCCACGACUGGAUGGUGUUCGUCCGAGGGCCAGAGCACACCAACAUUCAGCACUUUGUGGAGAAGGUAGUGUUUCACCUGCACGAAAGCUUUCCUCGACCCAAAAGAGUAUGCAAAGAUCCACCGUAUAAAGUGGAAGAGUCUGGGUACGCUGGAUUUAUUUUGCCCAUUGAAGUGUACUUCAAAAACAAAGAAGAACCUAAGAAAGUCCGUUUUGAUUAUGACUUAUUCCUGCACCUUGAAGGCCACCCGCCUGUAAACCACCUGCGCUGUGAAAAGCUCACUUUCAACAAUCCAACUGAGGAAUUCCGGAGAAAGCUGUUGAAGGCCGGAGGGGAACUGAUCAUAAGCGGCACCAGCACUAAUAGUAAUUCUUGUUUGAAGCCUCACAAGACAAUGAAAGAGCACAAAGACAAACCUGUUAAAGACUCAAAAGAGCAUAAAAGUGCCUUCAAAGAACCUUCCAGGGAACACAUUAAACCUUCCAAAGAAGCUUCCAAGAAACCCAAAGAGACCAAACCACUAAAAGAAGAGAAAAUCAUCCCUAAGAUGGCCUUCAAGGAACCUAAACCCAUGUCAAAGGAGCCAAAAUUGGAAACUAGUAGUGUUUUCAGUGGUGUUGGAAUACAUCCGGACAUGAAGAUUCCAAGCAAAAGGCCGUCCAUUUCAGACUCUGAUGAACUAGCAGUCAAAAAGAGAAAGAAAAGUAACUCUGAUUUGUCAUUAGUUAAGGGUAUAUCUUCUGUCCAGCCUACUUCAUGUGACAAGAAGCUGGUAAAGGACAAGGACAAACUUCAGCCUAAACCUGUCAAAGCCCAAAUGGACAGUGAAGUUUUAGAUAGACGGCGACCCACUUUGCCACCUUUUGAAGAUGUAGUAGAUCCUAAUGAUUCUGAUGUGGAUGACAUGUCCUCUAAAUGUGAAUCUGGGCAACCUAGUCCUGCCAGCUCGACAUCAAGUUCAAGUUCCAGUUUCGCCCCAGUGCAUAUCAGACCAGGUCCCUUAAGACCAGUGAGAGAGCUGCACUCCGACGAUAAUGAAGAUGAAUCUGAUGGUGAUGACAACAGCAAAGACUCUGAAGUAGAGAGGCCAUUGAACACACAUGGAGGAAGCAGAGGGCGCAGAGUGAGUUUAAGUGAUGGGAGUGACAGUGAAAGCAGUUCGUCAUCAUCUUCACCACCUCGAAAUGAGCCACCACCUUUGCUAAAAACUAGCAAUAAUCAGAUUUUAGAAGUAAGAAGCCCUAUAAAACAAAACAAGCAGGAGAAACAAGUUAAAAAUGGAGAUGGUGACAAGGCAUACCUAGAUGAGUUGGUAGAGCUUCAUAGAAGAUUAAUGACGCUGAGAGAAAGGCAUAUACUCCAGCAGAUUGUUAACCUUAUAGAAGAAACUGGACAUUUCCAUAUUACAAAUACGACUUUUGAUUUUGACCUUUGCUCAUUAGACAAAACCACAGUCCGAAAACUACAGAGUUAUUUGGAGACUUCUGAGAAAUCUUGAGGACGUGACAUCUGACUGCAUCAUUUUCACACCAAACUGUUGUACUAGGCUUGACUUGUGAUGCAGCCAAAGUAAUUAACAUAAGAAAGAAGACUGCUACAACUUUAUUUUUCUAAAGCCAGUUAUCUCUUUAAGAAAAGAGAAGAGGAGAGGAGACAGGACUCUUGAGGAUUACUUGCCAUCCAAGUUAAAAUUCUGGAAGAGUAAACCUGGAUAGCCUUGAAAAAAAUUGCUCUUAAUGAAUGUGUAUGGUAUCAUGUAUCUCUGUGUGGUGUUCUAAUCCACAAGAUGAAUGCAUGUUCAACACACUGCCUUAUUACAGAACUGAUGUAUUUAUUAUUGAUAAUAUAGAUAUCUUAAGGUCUUUGAGGGAACAACACUACCAGACAUUAGAUGCACUCAGAUCUCAUUAGAACAUGCACGACCAAGGCUUUAUAAUUUCAACAGAAUUAGAUCACCAUCACAUACCAGGUGACCUUUUCCAUGUUAGCAAACAUGUUUCAUUGCAGACUUUUAUUUAACAUAGAAUGUUAGCCGUCUUCUAAAUAUAGACUGAAUACCAAGGGAAAGUAAUGCAUUCCUGCAUUUUGUGCCUUUUGUUUUCAGUAUAUUUAGCAGUAGUCCUUGCUAUCUGUGAACCACUUUUAAUCUAGGACUUCAGUGGAAUGCCUUAGAUGUUCAUCUUGAGGAUCACUGCUCCAGUGUAAUUCCUUGAAUAUUUAAAUAAACUGUAGAUAGUUUCAAGCCCUUUUGGCUUGAAUUCUAAUGUAGUCAGAUGUGCCAGGAGCAUCAGAGCUGGUCUCCUACCUACAAAGUUGGAUCAUAGCCUUAUGGUCAAUUGUAAAGAUGAAAGCAUCUUGCACCAUCUUUAGUUUAGUUUCUGUCAUAUUGCUUGUUCAAAAUAAUUCAAACAGAUGUUCAUCAUUUGAUCACUGCUGCAGUUGCCUGAGCUAUAUGGGACAGCCUGCCAAGGAUCAGAACAGACAACUACCUUCUAAAGUUUUAGGGCACCUUCAACACACCCUGGCCACUGCUUUUGCACUAGGUAAGAAAGAUAAAAUUGGUGGCUAGGGUACCAAAACAUCAGAACUUUCUUGCCAUCGAAGAGAGUGCUCCCCUGUGGGCUACAGGUGAUCAGCUGUCUGCUAGUGCUUCUACAAGGCUGGGUAGUUCAGAACCCCAUUAGAACUACCUUCCGCAGCAAUUUUGUUAAGUUAAAUGAUUCCUGGUGUUGCCCUUUGAGAAACCACUGAAGACCAGGAGGCAGGAAUGCCCUCUAUGGCUGUUCCUCUACUCUUUUUGGACAAGGGAGAGCCACCCUUUCUGACAUUGGGAAAAGGAGUGGGGGAUGGUCCUUCCCUAAAGAGGAUAUUCAUUCCCAGAAAUGGGCUGUCAUUUAAGCUGCUGCUUUUCCUGAGGGUCACGUAGAAAAAGGCAUUGGAAGACUAGAUGUCUUCCUUCUCCUAAACCACAGCAGGAAAAUUGACUAAGCUUUGUUAAAGGUGUAUUUAAAGCCUUUUAUUCUUUAAAUGCUGAGUCCUCUCCUGGUUUUAAAAGAAAACAGGAGAUGAUUUCUCAUCCCUCAGAUACUGAUUCCCAGUUUGAGGGACAUGAUUUAGACUGGGGCUGUGUUUUUCAUGUUUUUUUUCUCCUCAAUAUGGGGAAUCUGACUCUAAGGAGUGUUAUUCUUCAGAUUCCCCUACUGAAGCAAUUUCUUUUUUUUUUUUGUAAUGAAACUUUUGCCGAAAUGAGGGACUUGUUUCAGUAGGAACAUAUGAAAAUCCCCCAUUCUCAGCAAAGAUAUUGGGAAUUGUCAUAGUUUGAUUUUCCUCAACCUGCGCCUGUUCCUCCCUGUUGCCUUUUAGGAGAUGCUUUUCUGGCAACCUGCAGUUUCUCCAAGAAAAUUUGAUUGAUUGUAUAAGGAUGUCCCAAACUUGCAUGUUCCAUUUUGCUAACCCCAGGCCAUAUGCUGCAGAAAUUUCUUUGUAAAGUCCAUUUUUAACAAAUUUGUUACUGCAGUCAGUCCUGUCCCUUUUAACAAACUGGGAAAAGCCUUUGAUAGGUUUAAGAAGGUUUAUACUUCCUCCACCUUGGCCUUCAGAAUACUAAAUUGUCAGGAAUAUAUGUUUAAAUUUCUUUUGGCUUCCAUUAAUACUAUGAGAAAGUUAAUUGCUGACCUCCCUUCAUCAGUAGCUGAAGCAUCUCUAAAUUUAUACUGUCUUCUGUUUCUCAGAUAACCAGACCUUCUUUAAAAUGUGCUUAUGACACUGCUGAUAGUGUGGCCAGAGCUAAUGCUGCCACUUGAUGUGUGGUGAGACGAUUUGCCUGGUUAUAUUCUCAGAAUUUGCCAGAGAAUGUCAGAGUUGCAAUUUUGAAUGUAGUCCUAGAUAAUGAAAUGUUAUUUGGUCCUUCUCCUCCUGUGGUUCGUAAAAGGUUUGGUGAAAGGGAAACAUUAAUUCAGGGGGUUACUCCUGAUUGUUUAACCCUUCUUUCCAGAAUGUAACCGACACAUUUUCUGCAAUUCAGGCUUCUCUUUCAGGAAGUAGAACAAGCUUUCUCCAAGGAGCGCACAGACAUGCAAAAUUUCAAAAAGCAAUGGUAGGGAGAUUUACAGAAAAAAGAUGCAUCCUCCCUAAAUCAAGGGCAAUCUAAGAAAGCAGACUGACUAUAUUUGCCCCUCAAGUGUUUCCCCUCCCCACCCUGACAAUCUUGUAAAGCUAUCUCAGAGUCUAGGUCUUCAGUUUCCUCUUUGGCAUCACAUAACCUUCACUUGGGUACUGAGAAUCAUUUAAAAAGGUUAAAGCUUGGUAGUGGGAUUCCCUUCCUCCCUUGCAAAGAACCCCUUUACAUUCACCCAAUCAGACCUCUCUCUUUUCCCUCUUGUCUUUGGUUUCUAGAACCUGUACCCCCGAAGGAAAGGUUUUUAUUCAUGAAUCUUUUUGGUGCUAAAGAAAGGUGGAACCUGGAGUCCUGUUUUAGAUCUUUCUUUCUUUUUUAAACUUUUAAAUCAAGAUCCCAAAAUUCAAAAUGCUGUCUCUUCUUCCUCUGUUAUACCUCAUUCCAUCUCUCAAGUUUCUGGCAACUUUAGAUUUAAAAGAUGCUUAUCACAUACCAGUCCUGCUUUUACAGUUUUCCUGUGUCUGGUUCACAUUUUCAGUUUUCUAUUUUGCCAUUUGGGUUAUCUGUAGCCUCACAUUUGUAAAAUGUCUGUCUCCAGUAAUAUUCCACUGCAGAUUGCAGGACAUUCACAUUUUCCCAUACAUAAACAGUUACUUGAUGUUUGCAUAUUUUUUCUCAGGUUGUCUCGACCCCCUGGCGUAGAUAAUGAACCUUUUCCUUGACCUUGGAUUUCAGGUGAACAAAAAAAAUAUCUUCUUCAAUUCUUUCCUAGAGGAUAGUGUUUCUGGAACACCUGUACAGAAAUCUUUUAUCGGAUGCUGCCAGCAGGUCGUAUACUGGCACGUGAGCUCAGCAUUCUCUCCAGUGAUAGGGAAGGUGGGGGUGUUAGCCUUUGUAAAAAGGUAUUGGUUCAUCAGUUACCUAACCCAUAUCAUUCAUGUCAAAGAAACAUCCUCGAACAGAUGAAGGGUAUGAACAGUAGAGAAGUAGAGAAUGAAAACUUAGGAGAUAAACUUGCUAGACUGCCUUACAGCUAGUGAGACUGUGAAUAUGGCACUAGUAGACCACCUGUGCAAGGGUGUCAACCACUGACAUUCAUAUUAGAAGGCAUAUUAACCCAUAAUUUAAGCUGUCCAUGAGGAUGUGAGAGACAGUGUGCCUUUAGACAGAGCUCUUUUUUCAUUUGCUGUCCUUCCCAGGCACUUAAGAAGCUGAAAGGGAAUGAUAAGAGAGUACACUUUAUGAAGCAGAAGCAGUUUUUCACACCCCCAUCAGAAAGUAUAGUAGAAAGUACUAAACUAAACAAUGUCCUUUUUCUUCAAGAACAAUGCAGAGCAAAGCAGCGUAAACAAAUAUAACAUUUGUAAAGAGGCAGCAGUCUUGAAAAGGACUGAAACUGGGGCAUGCAGGAAGACAGGCUGACAGGGAUCAGAUCCCCAUCCAGUAGUGAAGGAAAUGAAUGGUGCAAGGUCCCCCCCGACACACACACAUGUACACUUUACCUCACAGUUUCUGGGAAGGAGAGAUUCCACCUUCAAGCAGAAUUAAUUUGACCUGACCCCAGACAUUUGGGUAAAGGUUGACCGUAUGUAAAGGUUACAGGAUAGGUUUCAAAGAGGCCAUCCUUCAUAGGCAUGUUGCAUACUGCAAAAGCUUGUCAUACUGGUCCUCCCUAUUUUGUAUUGCAUCUAAAUUUGUUAGGCCAUACAGUGAUUACCCAUGUAGAAGUAGAGGAAAAAGACUGUUUUUGGUAACAAAGAAGAAUGGGCCCUGGAGAUCAUCCUGAAUAUGUUUUUUGGUAAAGAAGUAUUGCAUUUUCUCACUGCAGGUACUGCCUCCCACUAAUUAAGGAUACUCUCUUGGUAACCUUGGGUAUAGGGGAUACCCUUCUAUACAGCUUUCCACAAUGAUUGUAAUCAUUUCUUCAGGUUUGUAGCAGGGACCAGUCACUGUCAGCUUAAUUCUCUGCCAUUUGGGUUCUCUUUACCCCUGAGUUUCUACAUAUGCUCAUCAUAUUUAUCACUGCUACAGUAGCCUUAGCUAUAUGGAUUAUAUCUUGCCAAGGAUAUAACAGCCAGAUAGCUUACAAAGCUUCAGGGCUCCUUCUGCCCACCCAAACUGUUAAGCUGCUUGAACUGAGCUGACUAAAAAACAAGUUUGUGUGCAAAGCCUUUCAGAGCUUUACUGAAGCUGAAGAGUACACUGCUCUGUGGAUUUCAAUGAUCGUUAGGCUUGUGCUUUCCUUUGCUGGCCAGAUAAAUUCCCUUUUUUAAAAUUUAU